CAAGAAAGGGCUAAGAGCUGAUCCCUGUUGUAUUAAAAUGUGCUUUGAUCUAGCUAUCUUUGUUUGUAACGAUUUUCUUCUAAAUAUCGGAAUGUUUUUCUUCCAAAUUCCUUGCUAGCUUGAUUACGACUUUGACUGGAAAAAAAAGACACAAAUCAGUUUGUGUGCAGUCAAAACAAAACUGCAGCACUUGAGUCAUGCACCACUGGAUUCUGCUGGCCAUCACAUAAAUAAGUGUGUAGUUUGUGAGCACUGAAAACUUUAUUUUUUUAAUUUAUACUUUGACCUAUGCUGCCUGGUUAUAACUGUAGGAAUUAGUUGUUAUUGUUAUGCUUCAGUUAUACCAGAUUAUUUCCUGCAGAAUCAUCAGCAACAACAAACUGUACAGUGUAGAUUCAUUGUAAAUGGUUUGAAUUUUACAGGAAGUGCAUUUUCUGUGCUUCAGCCAAUCACUGUGAUUUCCACUUGGUAAACCUUGAUCAGCUUGUGACUAAAUCUUCCUUUGAGUGGGAAGACAUCAGUUGUGCGAGAGAAGGCUAAGGUACCACAAUGAUCAGAAGACUGCUUUCUUUGAUUCUUCUAAGUACAUUGUCUUUGACCGAAGGGAAUGAGGGUCCUUUCCAGACUUCUAUAACUGUGACUAAACUUGGAGAUAAUGUGACUCUGACAUGUAGUAUCCCUAGGGAUGAUGUUGGGUUGUCUUACUGGUAUAAGCUGAAUUUUGGAUACAUGAUUGAAACAAUUGCCUCAGGAAGUUUUGACAAAAUAUCACGUAAGGGACAAUUUAACAACUCAAAAUUCAGUGCCACAAAAGUGGGUAAUAUCUAUUCUCUUACCAUAAGAAAUGCAAGCAAAGAAGAUGAAGCAACAUACUUAUGCCAAGGAGGAACGGCAUACGUAAUGGAAUUUUUUAAUAGCACGCUUUUAGUAGUGAAUGAUACAAAAACGCAGCAGAAAUCUUUCACCGUGAAACAAACUUCAGACGUGGAGUCAGUACAUUUGGGAGAUACAAUGACUCUGCAGUGUUCACUCCUCUCUGAGAACAAAGAUGACACAGAUCAGUGUCCAGGUGAAGACAAAGUGCACUGGUUUAAAGGUGCAUCAGAAUCCCAUCCAGGCAGCAUUUACCACGGCAGUAUCAGAAAUAAAGAGGACGGGAAAUGUGAUUACAGUCUGUCCAAAACUAUAACAAACUCAUCUGAUGCUGGGACGUACUACUGUGCUGUGGUGACAUGUGGACAGAUCCUGUUUGGUAAAGGAACAGAAGUGAAGAUAGAGGGGUUCCCGCUGGUUACUGUGCUUGUGAUACUGCUGACCUGCUCUGUGGUUGGGAAUAUUGCACUGAUUCUCAUCAGAAAACAAAAACCAGAUUGGAAACACAGCAGAGGAAAAGUUACAGCCUCCAAUCAAUCUCCAGUCAGUCAACAGGAGAGAUCGACUGUGGCUCAACUGAAUAAUGUGGAGGGUGAAGAAGUGGGAGUGAACUAUGCGGCACUUGAUUUUCCCUCAAGAACAGCUAAAAGAUGGAAGAAUAACAGGGAGCUACCGGAUGACACACCAUGUACUCUGGAAUGAGAGACUACUAGUAAAUCUCUCUCCCCUUUGAAGAAUGAAUAUAUAUAUAUAUAUAUAU